AUGACCGGGGUGGAUCUGGAAAAAUGCAAGCGUAUAGUACAAUACUUCUGGGACCCUGAACCCAAGAAUGACACCGCACCAGAGGCCUCAAUCUGGUGUUUAGGUCAACAGUAUAAUCCACGUCCCCCAGAGAAACUCGACACCGCCAGCACAGCCAAGAAUCACAGUUCCGCACAGUCAGCUGAAGUACUGCGCGAUACGAACGGGAGUGCAUGGCCCGAGGCCUUUUUGAUAGACUUUGAAUCACGGAUAUGGAUGACAUACCGCUCCAACUUUCCUCCCAUCCCACGUAAUCACUCACCUGAAGCGACAUCCUUGAUGACAUUGGGUGUGCGCCUACGGACCCAGCUUAUGGACUCGCAAGGCUUCACCUCUGAUACAGGUUGGGGCUGCAUGAUUCGAUCUGGACAAAGCCUGCUUGCAAAUACACUCUGUAUCUUGUUACUAGGCAGAGCCUGGCGAAGAGGGGACCAGCCGGAUGAAGAGUCGAAGCUACUAGCGCUAUUUGCCGAUCACCCCGAGGCUCCAUUUUCAAUACAUCGAUUUGUUCAGCGUGGCGCAGAGUCGUGUGGGAAAUAUCCCGGGGAAUGGUUUGGUCCGUCGGCAACUGCCCGGUGCAUCCAGAUCCUGUCGACCGAAUGGAACCUCCCUAAGCUCGAGGUCUACGUGACAAAUGAUACCUCCGACGUCUACGAAGACCAGCUCAUGCGGCUCGCAAAGAGUAAAACCGGGCAAUUCCAACCGACCCUUAUCCUUCUUGGCCUCCGGCUGGGAAUUGAGCAAGUCACCUCAGUUUACUGGGAUGGACUGCGAUCAGUCUUGAAAUACCCUCAGUCGGUAGGGGUAGCGGGUGGACGGCCCUCCGCAUCGCACUACUUUGUGGGUGUCCAAGAUUCCCACCUGUUCUUCCUUGAUCCCCACACCACGCGCCCCACGCUUCCACAUCACCAGCCCGAGGAGCCAUAUACCGCUGAGGAACGAGGAGGUUAUCACACUCGCCGCUUGCGACGCAUCCACCUCAAAGAUAUGGAUCCGAGCAUGCUGAUUGGGUUUUUGAUCAAAGAUGAGGCUGAUUGGAUCGACUGGAAGCAACGGGUGCAAUCUAGCCCCGGGAAGCCGAUUAUUCAUAUCUUGACGGGAGAGACGCAACUGGAUAAGGGAUACCAGGGACCCGGUCGAAAGGCCGCGGUGGACGAGGUGGAGGCCCUGGACGAUUCGGAUGAAAUGGAGUAA